AUGGCGUUUUUUACCGAAGCUGUGGUAAUUUUACUGGAUGUAGGCGUCUCGAUGCGCUUGCCGCUGCAUGAACGCAUGAGUUUCAAUGAGAAGAACCGAUUCGAUCGAGACGAUGAAGUGCAGCACACGCGCUUUGCUGCAGCUGUUGCUGCCGUUGAAAAUGUCAUUCAGCAAAAGCUCUUUUUCCAGCCAAAGGAUGAAGUGGGAAUUGUCGUCUACGGCUCCGAAGAUACAGAUAAUCAGUUGAAUGAAGAGCAAGACGAGGAACAGUAUCGGAAUGUGAAGGUGGUGAACUCUAUCGACACUCCGACACUGCAAAUGGUCAAGCGACUGAGAGAGUUGAAACCGUCACAGAGUGAGGAGACGAAGGAAUGUCUAUUGUAUCAAUUGAUGGAACUGUGUCCAUUCCACUGUACUGAUCGUAUUGUUGCAAUGCAGGUGGAUAUCUUGGAUGGGUUGAUUGUGGCACUGGACUUGCUGUUUCGACGAACUGACGGGAAAAAAUACAACAAACGGUUGAUGGUCAUUACUGACGCAGCUGCAAAGAUUGCCGAUGCAGGGGACUUGGAGUCAAUUGUCAUGAUGAUUCAGAACAUGGAAGUAAAGCUCCAAGUGAUCGGGCUGGACUUUCAGCACACGAAGAUCAAGGCAGAAGAAGGUGACUCAGCGAGAAUCAAGGAUGAGAACGAGAAAAUGCUUGUGUCAAUUGCAAAUGAAGUUGGAGGCGAGGUGUGCUCGGUUUCCAAACGUAUGCAGCUACUCGCGCAAGGUAUGAAAAAAACAGUGGCCUUGACGACGAAAUUUCGAGGCUCACUCGAGUUUGGAGAUACAUUUGGCAUCCCGGUGUACUGCUACUUGAAAACUAAAACUGCGACGCUGCCGACCCUAUCAAAGGAGUCCCAGAACUCUUACGAAAAGGAGACGGGAGGAAAAGUGAAACUUGACCGGCGGUAUACGUCUCCGCAGAAUAUCGAUGAAGAAGUUCCUCCAGACGAGCAAGUAAAAGCUUAUCGCUACGGAGCAGAGAAAGUUCCCUUUGCUUCGGCAGAUAUGGAGUUUUUCAAAUUUCGGACCGAGAAAUCGCUGAAGGCACUUGGGUUUUUAGAUCGGGCACAGAUCAAUCAUGCAAAAUUUGUCGCGAAUACCGACAUCUUCAUCGCUGAACCAGGAAAGCCACAUGCAGCGACGUGCUUUGCCGCACUAGUUGAUGCAAUGGUAGAACUUGACCAGGUGAUUGUCGCUCGUUUCGUCCCGCGAAAAAAUGCUGCUCCUAAAAUUGUGUCUUUGAUUCCCCACGCGCCAUCCUCUGGCAAAGGCGACAAUUACUACGCACUGUGGGCCCAGCAAUUGCCAUACGAAGAGGACAUGCGGAACUACGAGUUUGCUCCGUUAAAGACUCGCAAGUACACUCCAUCCGAGGAACAGCAAUUGCUGGCAGAUAAACUUGUGGAUAGUUUGAGCAUCCGUGACGACAAGGCCGAUGAGGUGGGUGCGUGCUUUAACCCAGUGAUUCGCCGUUUCUUCCACGCGGUGUCUAAGCGGGCAUUGGAUGAAUCAGCCGGGGUUCCUGCUCUGCCGGCAUACAUGGAGUCGAGCUUGAAGAUGGAUCCUGGACGUCAAGAGAAAAUAUCGACCCUCAUCGAAAGCUUUGGCGACGCUUUCCAGCUGAAAGAAGCAGUGAAAAAGGCAAAGGACAAAAAGAAGAAAUCGUUUUGGAGCGAUGUGCCAACGGCUUCAGUGAAAGAAGAGGACAUCAAAGAAGAAAAUGAAGAUGCGGUUGGUAGAGAUGCAGGCUCCGACUUGGAGCUGGACUUGGACGAUCUAUUGGAUAGCGGAGAUGUGACCACUGUGGGGUCCAUGAACCCCAUCGCUGACUUUGAGGUAUUGGUCGAGUCCUUCCAGUCGAAAGCGAGUCGUCGUGAACGACUCACGGCAGCAGUCACUGGCAUGGAGACACAUAUUGAGAGGUUCUUGAGCCAGAAUGGAUCAGAGUUCUUUCCAAAAGCGUUGCAGUGUCUCUCUCACUUUCGCAAACGUAGUCCCGAGAUUCAAUACUCUGCUCAGUUCAACGAGUUCCUGACCAAGUUAAAGUCGGUCUUAUCAGAAAACUCGGAUGCUUGGAAGGCCAUCAAGGACGCUGGUAUCAGCUUACUGACUUCAUCGGAAGACCCUAGCGUCGACGUCUCACCUGCUGCAGCUCGCGCCUUCCUCCACGGCGAAGAGGAAGUGGACGUGAAUUUGGUCGCCGCUUCGUUGUCCUCGCAGGUGGAGGAGAUGGAAAAGGAAGACGAUAUGUUUGCUGACUUUGAGUAA